UAUAAGUUUGAGUUAAAUAGUUAUUGAUAUAAAUACUCUCUUUCUUCCAAUUUUCAUUUAUGUCUGUAGUUGAUAAUCGUUUAGUUUUCACUAAAUGCAUAAAAUUUAGUUUUUCCUCUAUUGAUUUUAGAAUUGCGACAAUUUUUCCUGGUUUUCCUGUCAUUUUCGAGCGUACACGAUAUGCCUUUUCCACAUUAACCUUGCCGCCUACUGCAACCGAGAUAUUUUCAACAGUUUUGAUACAAUUUUCAUUAUUUUGUUCAGAUGUCUGUUUUCCUCCUUAAUUUCCUUUACGGAGUUCACCAGAUCCCGGAUUUGAAUUGUAAAAUCAUCAAACUGUUUACUCAUAAAGUUGAUUGAUUUUGUGAGAUCCAAUAGUUGCUCUUUAGAAACAAUAUUACAAUCUUCCAUUGCUGGUAUACUCUUUAUAUUUUUAUUAAUAGCUUAUAGCUACUAUUUUCGAUGAGCCUUCUCUACAUUUAAGUUUACAUGCGGCCCUUGGUAUACAGUCGUACGGGUGAAUCAACGACCCGUUAGUAUCAACGGCGGUCGACGGGUUAGCUUUAAACGUGAUUAACUGAUUUUGGAAUCGCAUACAUCUCUGUCUAUUUAUUUACAGUUAUCAUAUAUUCAAAUUGUCGACUUCAUAUGUUAUAGAAACAAUGCGUAUGUACGGAGCAACCAACGGGUUGUUCAGAGAAGCAGUGAAAACAUACCAAGUGCCCGACGAGUCUUUGGUGAUUGAAAAGGGGACUAAGGUCAUGAUACCCAUAUACAGUAUUCAUCAUGAUCCAAAAUAUUACCCCGAUCCGUAUACAUUUGACCCGCAAAGGUUUUCUCCGGAAGAAAAGGCUAAGCGGGUGUCUAGUACUUACUUACCGUUUGGCGACGGACCACGGUUUUGUAUAGGAAAACGAUUUGCCGAAUUGGAAAUGAAAAUGGUUCUCUCGCAAAUACUGACGACGUUUCGAGUUUUGCCGUGCGAAAAAACUGAAGUUCCGAUUAAAUUUAAAUCUGGAUUACCCCUGUUGGUAGCAAGAAAUGGAAUUUUUUUGCGUUUUCAAUCGAUUUCAAAAUGAUUAUUGGUGCUAGUCAACUUAUUACGAAUUACGUACUCAACCGAUUAUAUUGUUAAAGAAUUAUUACAAAUUAUAUUUUAUACUUUAAAAUUCAA